AUGGCUCGCAGACGACAUGCGCGAACUCCUGCAGCUAUUAGUCGUCGUAUAGAACAAUAUCGAUUGCGUCAUCGAGCACUUAAUCUUCAAGGUAGUGUAAGACGAUAUCUUGUUUUUAUUCGAGAUCACCACCUUGGUGAUAUGCAUCCUGCUGAAGCAGCACGAUUUCAGCAAAUUAUUCAUAGGUACCUUAAUGUUAUUACUCUUAUCAUAAGGGAUCGUAACUAUGGAAAUUUGAAUAGUUUUUCUGCGAAUUGGGACAGUUUUAGACGUCGCAAUCCUUAA